AUGCAGCCAAGACCACUUGUUCAAGGGGGGGGCGGCGACACCAAACAAGACGUCAAUGCCGCACCCGGUAACCCGCUGCACGAAGGCUCAACGCUUCUGUCGCACCGCCGCGACGACGGCCGUGCAGUGGGGCAGCGACGCUACGGGUCGACGCAGCGCACGCAUCACCGGCAACCCCGCGCCACCUCCGCACCCGUGUCCCGCACGCGGCGCGUGGUGGUGGUGCGCCGGGGCGUCUCGAAGCACCAUGACCUGACGGUAGCCCAGCAAACCACAAGGCUCGCGGAAGAGGCGCGCAAGACACUCUUCCACGGCAGCUUUACGUCGAGCCACGGUGCCAUGUUCCCGGUGCCGCCGAUGCGCCGGCCGGAUAAGCCAUCGUACGGCGGUGCAAAGAAGCCGCGUAGUGACGCAAACGCACCGACGGGCGAGAUGCCGAUGUCGCCUACAUUCCGACUCGCCACGGACAUUGUGGCGCCAAGCGCACUCAAGAAAGAGAAGGCGCCGCUGCUACAACCACAAGCAGAGUUGGAGAAGGAAAGUUCAUUUCUUGGCGAGUGCAUCGUUUUAGGGCCGCGCUCCAGCAGCGCAGAUGCGCGCUCCCCGUCCAAGCGUGAGGGCACCGUGCAUGUCGUGAAGGAGAAGUUCCCGCAGUCGACGCCGGACCUUAUAGCGCUCCAGCGCAUCCGCGUAGAUCCGCCGCCGCGGCAUUUGCUCUCUCAGGCGACCAUUGACAAGGCAAAUAAGGCCGUCUUCGGUUACGAUGAGAAAAAUUUCAAAAUAAAGAAGAUUGAUGUGUUGUCCUCGACAGCGGGAGCUCAAGGCGUUGUGGCGGUCGCUGUUGAGUCACCAGAGAAGGUGCCGCUCACACGUGUCGCCGGGCCUCGCAUCACCUUCGCUGAACACGUUAGUGUGAAGGGCGGUGACGUUUACACCGACGACGAAGAGGAAGGUGAAGGCGAUGAGGAGGAGGAAGAGGAUGCCAAACUCGAAUAUUGUUCUGCGUUUGUGCACCUUCUGAAGUUCGCCGUGCCGGCAGCUGUAUCGAUUGGUUAUACUUUUGCCCUCUCUGUUGUUCCGCUUGCCUUCAUUGGCAGCUAUCUUGGUGAACUCCAUCUAUCUGGUGCAUCUGUUGGAUACUUUAUUCUCAGCAUUGUUGCGCUCUACCCAACAGUCGGGAUGACCUUUGCAAUGGACACGUUGUGUUCGCACGAGUACGGGCGAGACAACAAUAGUCAAGAGUUGGGGCUUCUCCUGCAGCGCGGUAUUAUUAUCAAUUUGGCCUUCCUCAUCCCGGACUGUAUCUUCAUGUAUAAGCUGCCAACGCUGCUCGCGACGAUAUACGGCCCAGAGACCGCGGCGGUGGCAGGUGAAUUCCUUCUUUAUAUGCCCUUCUUUAUGAUACCGGUGAUGAUAUUUAUAGCGUUCCAUAAAUUCCUAUCCAACCAGAUGCAGCCACAGAUGCCGAUGAUUGCGUUGACGGCAGGGUUCAUUAUCACCCCGUUUUUGCAGAUGUUUUUAACACCCAUGGGUGUGCGAUACAGCAUGAUCGGUAUGUGCAUCACGGCGUGGUGGCAGCUGUUUGUGAUAGUCGCAAUGACGCUGAAGAAGUCGCAGACAAGGCACACACUCGGAAGCCUUCGCUUGGUAGAGGCUGCCCGUCCGUCAGAUGUGAAGGAAUACCUAAAACUCGCCAUUCCGAGUGCCAUCUUUGUUGCAGCGGAGGCGUCUUCGUUCGACGUGAGCGUCCUGUUGUGUGCGUACUUUGGGGAGAGGGAAGGCGCAGCGUGGUCGGGUAUCAUGAACGUUCUUUUCAUCUUCGCUGCGGCUGGAGGGGGCCUGAGUGCUGGAGCGUGUGCGAACAUUGGACGCUGCGUUGGCGGCAAUAAGCCUGCCACUGCCCGUAUGUAUGUAGAGGUCGCAAUUGUGAGUGCAUGCGUGAUUGGUGCCAUUGACUCGGCAGUUUUGUACUACUUUUUCGAUUUUCUCAUGUCGCUCUUCGGCACACGAGGUGGCACGCUGAAGUUGGCGCGCAAGUGUGUCGCCCUCCUGCCGUUCUUCCAUAUUGCCGACACGGUGCAGUUCACGUUCCAGGGCAUCUUCAGCGGCCUUGGCAAGAACCACCUCGGCGCCCUCAUCCUGCUGCUCUCUCUGUGGGGCGUCGGCAUCCCGAUGGCGGUCCUCCUCGGCGUGUACCUGCGGUUCGGCGUCGUCGGCGUGUGCCUUGGGCUGACAAUCGGGCUUUGCAUCGAAGCGCCGGCGAUGGUGGCGGUGACGUGCCUGAUGGACUACCACGCCGUGUGCGAAGCCUUCCUUCCCAGCGACCGGGACGACGACAAUGAGGAGGAGGAGGAAGACGAGGAGGAGGAAGAAGACGAGGAGGAAGUGUACGUGGUGGAUGAAGAAGCGAUGCGGCGCUCAGGCAUCCCAGUGAGUCCAGAGGACUUCGGCCAGCGGCUGGCGAAGAGGGGGCGGCGGUUUCGGGUUCCGCCACACCGCGAUGCGCACAGUAACUAA